GGCGAAGAUAAGACACCAAUAAAAGGACGCGCAGGGGUCGCAAAGUCGGAGGCCGAGUUUGUGUUUGCUCCGAGUCCCAUUGGAACUCACUACAAUGCGCGUCUGGAUCGCGGUCUUGUUCGCGGCGUGCGCCCUGUCGGGCCGCGUCUGCUGGGCGGAGGAUGGCGACGACGAUGACUCCGGCCUCGACGUCAACAGCAUCGUGGACCAGCUGCUGGACGCGGCCCGCGCCGAGAUCGCCAACCGGGGCAUGGAGCAGGUGGCCCUGCCCGACAUCACCGAGAAGUUCAAGCAGAAGGUCGGCCCCAUCAAGAUCACGGGCAAGUUCGAGGCGCGCAACGGCUGGGCCAAGUCGCUGGCGUCGCUGAGCCGCACCGGCGAGGCCGCCUUGUCCGAGGACGGCGACAAGAUGAUCGUGGACGUCCCGCUGGGCCUCACCGACCUGCAGAUCGGGUACAACUACAAGGCCAAGCUGGGCAAGCUCGGCCCGGGCGGCCACCUCACCGCCACGGUGGAGUCCAACACGGUGCACUUGCGCGCCAGCCUGCUCAUCGACGACGAAGCCUGCGCCCUGGGCGUGGACUCGCUCGAGCUCACCGACCUGGGCAAGAUCAAGGUGCACGCCACCGGCCUGGGCAAGCUCAACUUCCUCUACUCCAAGAUCGUGACCUGGGUGACGGCCAAGCUGCACGACAAGAUCAGCGAGGCGGUGCAAAAGGGCCUCAAGGACGCCAUUGUCAAGGCGGGCCUGCACCUCGACUGCAGCUCCCUGUUCGGCAUGUAAGCCAAAGUCAGAGCCACAAAUAAAGUAAGCUUUCUUCUCUCUGCCAA